AUGGCUUCCAGAUUAGAAGAGGAUCUCUACUGUCCCAUCUGUCAUGAUGUCUUCAGUGAUCCUGUCAUUCUGUCAUGCAGCCACAGCUUCUGUAAAGACUGUGUGAAGAGCUGGUGGAAAGACAAAGAAGUAAAAGAGUGUCCACUUUGUAAGAGAAGAUCUUCAAUGUUCCAACAACCUUGUAACCUGGUGUUAAAGAACCUGUGUGAGACCUUCUUACAGGAGAGAGAUCAGAGCUCUUCACAUGCUCUUUGCAGUCAGCACUCAAAGAAACUCAGACUCUUCUGUCUGGACCAUCAGCAGCCAGUGUGUGUCAUCUGCAGAGAUUCAGAAAUACACACUAACCACAGAUUCCGACCCAUCGAAGAAGUUGCAAAACAACACAAGAAGCAGCUUCAGGAAACUCUGGAGCCCUUGAAGGAGAAGUUACAGUGUUUUGAACGUGUUAAAGUAGAGUUUGAACAAACAGCAGAACACAUUAAGGUCAAAGCCGGACUCACAGAGACACAGAUCAAGGAGCAGUUUAAAAAGCUUCAUCAGUUUCUGGAGGAGGAAGAGGAGGCCAGGAUGGCUGCACUGAGGGAGGAAGAGGAGCAGAAGAGUCAGAUGAUGAAGGAGAAGAUUGAGGCUCUGAGCGGAGACAUUACGACUCUUUCAGACACAAUCAGAACCACAGAGGACGAGCUGAGAGCUGAAGACGUCUCGUUCCUGCUCAACUACAAGGCUGCAGUGGAACGAGUCCAGCAGCGCCACCCGUUGGAUGAUCCACAGCUGGCUUCAGGAGCUCUGAUAGACGAGGCCAAACAUCUGGGCAACCUGAGCUUCAACAUCUGGAACAAGAUGAAGGACAUGGUCUCCUACAGUCCUGUGGUUCUGGACCCAAACUCUGCUAAUCCAGACCUCGUCCUGUCUGAAGAUCUGACCAGUUUGAGAGAAGGAGAGGAACAGAAGCUUCCUGACAAU